AUGUUUGUACAAAGAUAUAAUAUCGGAUUAUCGUUUUUUUCCUAUUACAUAAUCACAGAAAGCUUAGGCCUCCUCGACAAUGUGACCUCUCUCGGAAACGUAGAUACCAUCCAAGAACUUUCUGAUAUCCUUGUUUCUGACUCUACAGAUCUGUUGGAUGUCAGCACAGGUCUGGGAAACGUUCUCCAAAGAGUUACCCUCAACAACCAACUCAUCCUUUUGGGUGGUGGAGAUGGCAGCCUUGCAUCCCUCCCAGACCUUGAUCUUUCUGAGUCUCUUCUCUCCCAAGAAGUUUCUAAUCUCGACGUACUCCUGGCCCUCCUCGUUAACGAUGUUAACGUUGAUAGGGAAGUGCGCGUAAACGAAUCUCAUCUUGUACUUGAAACCAACGGUGACACCCUUGACCAAGUUGGAAAUCAAAGACUUGACGGUUCUCAGAGUAGCAACGUGCUUUCUGUCACCAUUGUGGACAGUGAUCUUGAUUUGUUUGUCGGACACCUUGGUGAAGGUAACGUCGAUGUGUCUCAAGUUCUUGCUCAGUUGGCCUCUUGGUCCAGUGACGGUGAUCAAUCUGGACUUGAUUUGAAGAGAAACGCCUUCUGGAAUGUCCAGAGUCUCGGUGGAUUGGAUGUACUUCAUGCUUUAAAGACGGUAAGUUGUAGCUCGUGGUGA